AUGUCCUCUGCCCAUGAUGCCACCACCAAGAUCUCCAUCGACAAGUUCGACGGCGACAACUACGCGACGUGGAGCCGCUACAUGCGUGGCGUGUUCCUGACCAAGUCGGCGUGGCACGUGGUGAACCGGGAGACCACCCCCACCUUCGCCGAUCCUCGCGCCAGUGACGACUACGUCAAGACGAACAACAUUGCGUUCGGCUUGAUGCUGCUGCACAUGAGCGCAGAUUAUCAUCACGUGGUUGAUGACUGUGAAGAGGCGUGGGUCGCGUGGGCGCGUUUGAAGACGCUGUACGGCGGGUCGCAGAAGGCUGGACGCAUCUACUUGAAGCGCCAGCUGUUCAGCAUGGAGAUGGCGGAAGGCGGCAAUGUGUUGCAUCAUUGCAAUGAGGUCCUCAACAUCAGCGCAAAGCUGGCUAGCAUCGGCGCCAAGAUGUAG